GAUUUCUUAUCUGAACAGGAUUAAGGCAUCAUCUGUGUAUUCUGAUACCAUGAAUGUGCCACAGGUGGUCCAGGAACUUUUUCAGGUAUUCUGCAAAUAGAUAUAGUUUGAAUGAUCCAUGGAGAAGGGCAGAUGAUCAGUAGUGUCAGUCCCAUACACUGACCAGUGAGUCCCCUACGUGCCAGGUACAGGAGACAUUAGCAAAGCAUACUGUAGUAUUUGAUACCUGCAAUCAGUUGUUCAAUAAAAUGCACAAUAAAAUAGAAGAUGUGCUGCAAUGCUAAUUUAACCUGCUGCAGCCAGUGAUAGGUCUGACAUGCCUUUGGAAUGAAACGGGUAGCGGAUGAGCCUUUAUUUGUCUUUUAGGACCAUGGAGUGUAAAUGAUGGUGCAUCAGGCUGAUGAAACUAAACAUCACCCUUUCAGGGUUUAUGAAAUGAGAUGAAAUUAUAGUAGAGGCUUUACCACCUGGAGUUUAUCAGGGAGGUUUCAAAAUGGAUGACUGGAAACAACUUCUUGUUCUUGUCUUUGUUUCCACCUUCUGCUCUAUAGAUGCACAGCUGACUGGAAUGGUGUUGCAGAAGGAUGUAGCUUCUUACCCUCUGUAUGAAGAACAGGGGGAAAAGAAGGAACUAGUGAGUGCUGUGAAUUUACUAAGUCUGCAGGAAAGCGUCUAUAGCAGACAUCAUCUUCCUGGUAGAUGGAACCUGGAGCACAGGGACAAAGAACUUCAAGAUCGUGCAAGACUUCUUGUAUACAAUGAUUGCAAUAUAGAUCUUUCUAUAGCAAUUGAUAUUUCAAGGCGCGUGCAGCCAGCAUCCACAGUGCUUCUGAGAGAGAAAUUGCAAGCAUUCCUGCCCAAGCUUUUACUCCAGAUGAAGUUGCUGCCAAAUACCAGCUGUAAUGCUGGCUCUCCAGUCAACAUUAGAUUCAAGUUCCAAGUAUUGGCACAGACCAAAGAAUUCAUCUUUGAUUCUGAUUUUGAAGAAUAUAAUGAAGACAUCAUUCAGAAAUUCUUAGAUGCACAAACCACUGUGGACACCUACCUGAACACAGACUUCUUACAGGCAAUUGAGGAGAAGUUCAUUAAUGUGACCUCUGCUAACAUUAAGGUUCUGUUAGUAUUUUCAGAUGGCCUAGAUGAUUCGCUGGAAGAUCUUAGAAAAGCAGCUGACUCGCUUCACUUUAAAGGUCUUGAUGCAUUUCUACUAGUUGGCCUGGACAAUACACAGAAUUUGACUGAACUUCGGGAAAUAGAGUUUGGCAGAGGGUUUGGAUACAAUGAACCUCUGAGUGUUGGGUUUGCAGAGAUUGCAAACAUCCUGCAGAGAAAUCUUGAUACUGUUGCAGAAAGGAAAUGCUGUAAGGUUGUUUGUAAAUGCCUUGGAGAAACUGGUGAUCGUGGUGGCCAGGGAAGUCCUGGAAGGAAGGGAAGUAUGGGGUACAGAGGUUCUCCUGGUCAUCCUGGUGAGGAAGGUGGAAUUGGGGAGAAAGGCCCAGUUGGUUUCAAUGGGACUCAAGGAGACAGGGGAUGUCCAGGUGCCAGAGGCCAUAAGGGGUCCAGAGGCUAUAGAGGAAGUCAGGGUGAACAUGGUGAGAGUGGCUUUGAUGGCACUGAUGGAGAGCAGGGAGAACGUGGAAUUCCUGGACGGUCUGGAGAGAAAGGCAACACAGGAAAACAAGGCAGAAAAGGCUGCAGAGGAGAACCAGGUGAACGAGGAGAACCUGGUCUAAGAGGAGAUCGUGGAGAUCCUGGGACUAGCAAUAAUAUUCCUGGUCCUAAGGGUGAAAAGGGAAACCCAGCGCGGCAGGGCCACCCAGGACUGCAUGGACUCCAAGGAGAGCAGGGUGCUGCUGGCCCUGAUGGUGCAGCAGGUCGAAGAGGCCCUCCAGGUAUCAAGGGUGAGCAAGGAGAUCUGGGGGAAGCAGGUUACCCAGGAGACUCUGGUCUUCCAGGCCCGCAGGGCCCAAGAGGACCACAAGGGAUCAGAGGACCGCCAGGACCACAAGGCAUGCCAGGCCCUCUGGCUAGUCUGGGGACCCCAGGUUCACCUGGCUCUGUGGGGAAGUUAGGUGCAAGAGGAGCAAAGGGUGAACCUGGUGACCCUGGAGCGAAGGGCCCAGUGGGACCAGCUGGACCAAGAGGCAUGCCUGGCAUGGAUGGCAGAGAUGCCUAUGGUCCUGAAGGAAGCAAAGGAGCAAAGGGAGAAUCUGGAUUCACAGGAAAUCCUGGUCCAGAGGGAGAAGAUGGAGACCCAGGAAUUCCAGGAGCUGAAGGACCCAAAGGAGUUAAGGGUAGAAGAGGAAUUGCUGGCACACCCGGUUCCCUGGGAGAUCAAGGAGACCAAGGGCCAUCAGGACCUAUGGGUGCCAAGGGACCAAUGGGCACCAUUUUAAUGGAACCUUGUGAACUUGUAAAUUUUACACGAAAAAACUGCCCUUGCUCAUCAGACACAUGUCCAGUUUAUCCAACUGAAGUGGUGUUUGCCUUCGAUAUGUCUGCGGAUGUUACACCAACCGCAUUUGAAAGAAUGAGGAACAUCGUUACGUCAUUGCUGAAGACCAUUAAGAUCAGUGAAAGCAAUUGCCCAACAGGUGCUCGUGUCUCCGUUGUUUCUUUCAAUACGAAUACACGCUAUCUCAUCCGAUUCUCAGAAUUCCAAAAAAGUGACUUGCUGCUGCAAGCGGUCCAGAGAAUACCACUAGGGAGAUCCACUGGAAAACGUAAUAUUGGGGCAGCCAUGAGAUUUGUUUCAAGGAAUGUCUUCAAGCGUGUUCGUCAGGGCAUCCUCACAAGAAAAGUUGCCCUUUUUUUUGCCAAUGGUCUGUCACAGGAUGGUGUUUCCAUCAACACAGCUGUGCUUGAGUUGAGUGCUUUGGAUAUCACUCCAGUGGUUAUUGCCUUCAGCGAAGUGCCAAAUGUCAGACGUGCCUUCUUGGUUGAUGAUACUAGAUUUCAAUUAUUUGUUUGGGAAAGACAACAGGAUGAAAGUCUGAAGAGCAUCACAGAUUGUACACUUUGCUUUGAUAAAUGCAAACCAAAUACCAACUGCAAGGUGCCCUCUUCUCCCCCUGUUCUGAUGGACAUGGAUAUCACUUACAUCAUGGACAGCUCUCGAAGCAUCAGCAGUGAAGAGUUUCAGAGAGCCAAAGACUUUGUGAGCAACAUGAUAGAUCAGUUUGUCGUUUCCUCACAGCCAAACGAAUCAUAUGGAGGCAUCAGAGUGGCACUGGUGCAGCAGGCUCCCAGGGGCCUCCUGCCUGGCAGAAACCAGACCCCUGUGGCCUUGGAGUUUGAUCUAGUCACAUACAGCAAUAAAGAUUUGAUGAAGAAACAUAUCCAAGAGUCUGUUCGCCAACUGGAAGGGCCGUCAGCCAUUGCUUCUGCCCUGCAGUGGACGGUUGAAAAUGUAUUUUUUAAAGCCCCCAGACAAAGAAAACACAGGGUCAUAUUUGCAAUAGUUGGAAGCAAAACAAGCAUGUGGGACAGAGAGAAACUGAGAGAGAUUUCACUUGGAGCCAAGUGUCAAGGGUUCACCUUGUUCACUCUUGCACUUGGCAGUGAUGUGAGUGACAAUGAGCUGAUGGAGCUGGCAAGCUCCCCCACAGACCAGCACUUACUGGCGUUGAGCAGGGUUUCAGCGUCUGAGAUGGUGUACGCGCAGAGGUUUAGCCGGGCUUUUCUACAUCUUCUACAACAAGACAUGAACGGUUAUCCUUCACCUGAACUUCAAGAAGAGUGUGAAAACUUAGAUCAGGGAGAUGCACAACAGCAAGUGUCUGUGAUUGAAAGGAUGCCUUUUCCUGGAACUGAUGAAACUGGUUAUGGUUUAGAAGACAUUGAAAGAACUGAAGGUAGAGUCUUGGGGGAUAUUAGAGAGACAGCCACAGAACCUGUAUACACAAUGCCAGAAAUGAGAUAUGAUUAUGAGGAGAACAAGUGUUUCACAGAGGAAGAUGCUGAAGGAGAAAAGCCACAAGACUAUGGAGAAGCUCAGGAGAAUGAGGAAAAUUUAGAGGCAACAGUAGAAACUAGAGCUUCCUGUAGUGAUUAUGAUGCGUGCAACCUUGUUCAAGAUAGUGGAGAAUGUCAGAGUUAUGUUCUGAAGUGGUACUACAACAAAGAGCAGAAAAUGUGUGGUUGGUUCUGGUAUGGGGGCUGUGGAGACAAUAAAAACAGAUUUGAAACACAAGAAGAAUGUGGAUUCUUGUGUAUAGAGUCUUCCUAAUGCAGGGACUCUUAAUUACACUAGUUCUUCAGUUACACUAUCAGGGUGAUAGGGAAAAGGGAUUGAAAGAGAAAUCUUUACAUAGCCACUUUGGUCCCACAUUUCAGUUGAAAGAAAUACUUGUUUGUGAAGUUAUUAUCUAGUAGCUUAAUAGGGGAAAUAAAAUUAAAAAUACAUCACAGUUGAUCUGAUAUGACACGUUGCAUAAUGAGAAACUUUUGUUAGCUAACAGUGUAUUGUUUAAAAGGGAUAGAAGUAUUAAAACUUGACUUUGUUCCAUAAACACCAAAAUGUGCACUUUUGAAAUGUACUGGAUAAAAUAGUACGUCAGAGACUUUAGUCUCUCACAUCCAAUGUUAUUUCAUUAAUGUCAAAAUGAUUUGAUGCGUUUGCUUGCAUUUAUCUUGCUUAUAGAAAAUACCAAAAAGCAUUGAGCUGUCAAAGGACAGGCUUACUAGAACUUACUUCACUUUGA